UCCAUAUGUCCUGGAUCGCAUCGAUGAUAUUCCAUUUGUUGAUACACCUUUGCACGUAGCGGCUUGUUUUGGUCAUGUUCAGUUUGCGAGGGAGAUAAUGAGAUUGAAACCAUCAUUUGCUCGGAGACUAAACCAAGAUGGGUUUAGCCCCAUGCAUCUAGCAUUGCAGAAUGGUCAAACAAAAAUGGUUCUUGGAUUUCUAGACUGUGAAAGCGAUCUCGUUCGAGUUCAAGGGAGAGAGGGUAAAACUCCUCUUCAUUAUGUAGUUGAACAAGGAGAUGUUGAUCUCUUGACUGAAUUCUUACCAGCUUGCCCUUAGAGUAUCCAAGAUGUGACCAUUCAAAAUGAGACUGCUUUGUAUAUUGCAGUGAAGAAUGACAAAGUUGAUGCUCUUGAUUUCUUACUUGGAGGACUACGCCGAGCCUGCCAUGAAGGUUCUGACAUCCAAGAGAGAAAAAUCAUAAACUGGAAGGAUGAUGAAGGGAACACUGUGCUCCACGUUGCAACCGCUAUGAAUCAACCAGAGGCAGUGAGAAUGUUAAUAAGUAGUGAAAUUGAAGUAAAUGUCAAGAACUCAAUGGGUUUUACUGCUCUAGAUAUCUCAGAUCCUAACAACGGACAAGUUAGAGAAACUCUGCUCAAAGCUGGAGCUUUAAAUGCUCAAUCACUUCUCCUAGUUUCCAGCAACUCCAGAGAUCAUCUGAGAUCAAAUCUGUUACCCAAAGAAAGUACUGCAGUAUCUGUUUCUCGUUUCAGAAAGAAUACAAGUAAUGAUACACGCAAUGUGUCCCUAGUAGUUGCGGCUUUGAUUGUUACGGCUACUUUCCAGGCUCCACUAACCGCCCCCGCAGGUCAUUGGCUGGACGGCAAUGACGACAACAGCAAUAACAACAAUGCUCUGAACAUAACUCUUGUUAACACCACAAGUAGAAUUAAUACUACCGAAAUUAAGCUCAAUAAAAAUGAAGGGAGUUCAAAAGCACACCAAAGACGGACACUAGGAGCGGAGUCAAUGUUUGCUUGCUUAUACGGCCUCUCGAACAGCAUAACUUUUUUUAGUGCCAUAGUGGUUAUACUUAUCCUUCUCCCUGAUGAGCAAAUAUCUAGGCGGCUGUCCGGCAUUCUGUUUACUUUUAUUGUAUGCUAUGCAUCUUCUUUGGGAUUAUGUUCUGUCGUUGUGGGACUCCUUGUUUAUGUAUUAGCGGCACUGCUAUUUUUAUCGGCAUUUUGGUGGAGGAGGUACUUUUAA